UCAUGAGCAAAAUGUUGUUUGUUCUUAGCGUCAUGGCAUUCUAUAACAUUUUCUUAGCUCUGUUUAUUUCAGUAGAAAUGGGAAAGGUUUACGGGCAGUCUCAAGAAUAUUCACUUAGUGACAUUGUGUCCAACAUGAGCAUGAGACUAGACAGAAUGGAACUCGCGAUGAAAGACAAAGACAAGAAGAUAGAGCAGCUUGAAUACAGAUUAAAACGUGUUGCUCCAACAACUCCAAACGCAGUUGCAUUCCGUGCGUACAUGACCGCUACUACAGCAUAUGCUAAAAGACAGGUCGUCAUCUAUAACCACGAGACGCUGGAUAUUGGUAAUGGAUAUAACCCACGUGACGGCCUGUAUUUUGUUCCUUCUACCGGAACUUAUGUCAUCACCUGGAUCACUGUUCCAAACUAUAAUGAUUAUGUCCAGACGCUAUUGGUUGUUAAUGGCGCAGUGGUUGGGUCAUCGUUUUCGGAUUCCGAGGAGAUCCAUGAUAUCCACCAAUCAACUGGAAUUGUUGUACUUAAUUUGAGUAAAGGCGAUCACUUAUUUAUACGCGUAGGCAGUACUAAACACGGAGUAAUACAGAGUGACGAUCCGCGAUCGAAAUCUGCAAUCGCUGGAUGGAAACUUUUCUGAUGGAAUGGAAGAUCUGUCCUUCACUGGUUUUUUGAUUGGCUAAUAAUGUAUCAGUUUUAAUUGAAAAAGAA